AGAAACAGUUUCCCGCCACGUUUCUUUGAAAGAUCAAAACCAGAUGGAUCCACGACCUGCCACUUAGAUGAAUUACAACUGGGUAACUCAACAUUCUCAUCGAUGUGUGUUCGUCCGCCGGUCUGCACGAUCAGAAUCUGCAUGACGCCUUCUCUGAGACAGAUCGCAGGCCGGCUUCGUAGCUGAAUUUACGAAGCAGCCAUGCCAUACAGAAAAGUUUAUGUCUGGUGCAGUGGCAGUAUCGAAUUUCAAUUCCUUGGCUUUACAACGAAUCACCGACCUUUUUCCGGAGCAUAUUUUGAUGCCGCUUCACUAUCACGUUGGAAGUAGCCAUAAAGACCGUACGCGUUGUGAGUUUUAGCAGAACCCAACAGUCAGUCCAUCCAUGGUGGUGUCAUUAUCGUCCCGUGCCAGCGCUCGACUCAACUGUUUUCCACGACCGGCUUUCAAGAAGUACGCCCUGUGCUACCUGUUCGGAGCCACCGCGAAGUUCAGCUUCAGCACGAAUCUCGUGCGCGGUUCUCCCACGGACGAAAAAAUGUGGUACGCGACCACCACGGACAACCACGACGCGUCUGAGAAUAUCAAGAAGGCACUGACGAGUCUUGGGCUGCCCGUGAACGUGAGGAAUGUGUAUUCACACUUCUGGUGGGACGGAAAACUUGACAACGCGGUGGAGGCGCGGAUUGAGGUGCGUCAUAUAAUUUUUCGCGCUCUCCAAAAAGAUAAAGAACAAGAAGCGAGCAGGCGAUGAUGGUGUGUCUUUCAUGAACCACGUACCAUGCUAAGUAAGUACUUACUUUUGACGUGUCGACUGAAGUAGCUAUUGACCAGUGAGUAGCUCAUGUUUCCUCGAAGCAAGUUUGAACUUCGGACGGGAACCUUGACUCUCUUUAGCACAUCAAGAGCAUGACGUAAAUCUAAAUUCACACCAGGUAGAAUUUAGCGACACGAGUCAGUCUGAGACGAUAGCCAAGGCGAUCACCGAGAAUCACAGCGACGAUGUUCCUAUGCUGCUCACACACCAGCAGUGGAACGACCUUCCCGAGCACGCCUGCUACCAAGCGGUUUUCACGAGAAAAGCGGGCGCAAGCAAGGCUGCGGACCUCCGGGACUUGGGAAAGCAGGUAGUGGAGAAACGGUUCGCCGGCUGCUCCCAGCACGACAACGACGGUGGGCUCCUGUUUGUGAAGACCACCGGGGAAAGUUUGCCGAAAGUCAAGAACUUCUUUGAAAGUCAGGGAAAUGUCGAAGAAGUGUCCACCACACUCGUCGACGCCAACAAAGAUUACCAUUCGUGGCUGUAUGAACAGACAGCCGAGCCUGGAAGCUCAAAACCCGAUGCAGGCGAAGACCAGAAAGCGAACGAAACGAAUGCGACAAAGAGUAAAUCAGACGAGCUCUGA